AUGAAGACCUUUAUGACUGUCCUCGCCCUACUCGGCUUCCUCAGCCUGGCCUCCGGUGCCCAGGUCCGAGACACCAACACUGUCGCCGAGACGCCCUGCGAGUGGUGCUCCAACGUCUACAAGGGCUGCCAGGAUCGCUGCUCCACGAUCAACGGCUGCAACGAUGUUUGCAUGCAGCAGGCCUGCAACUCCUACAUCAAUGGCAAGACUUGCAAUGUGGUCUGGGGCUUUGACUCGGAUUAUCAGUUGUGGUAA